UUCCUCUUGAGCCUUUUGUGCUUGAAAGUCUCAUAUGUGACGUAUCAAUAAUUGAGAGGGGCGAGAAGCAGCGCAGACGGAACCCCCUCCCGCCCCCCAUUCUGCGCGCUAUGAGUACACAACAGAGCCCGCCAGCACCGACCCACACUCUCGUUUACUGUGCUAACAAGUCACCGAAAAGCUGCUAAAAAGCGUGAAUUGGAACAAGACUGGACUGUUAAACUUGCUUGGGAAGGAGAAGACAAGGCGGGCUGGGACGCAAAGAGGCUAAUAUCAUAGCAGGAGUGUGAGUUAAAAGAGCCGGGAAACUCUCCUCACUUACUUUUUCAAAGUGGAGCACAACCACCGCUGAAGGCGUCAAGACGAGUCCAAGACCUCGGUUCUGGUCCGGUAUGUUGGCGUUUUGCCUGCUGAGUGCCGUGUGGCUGGCGGCGAGCCCCAGCCGCGCUCAGAACGAGACGGAACCCAUCGUCCUGGAGGGGAAGUGCCUGGUGGUGUGCGACUCCAAUCCGACCUCGGACCCGACCGGCACGGCUCUGGGCAUCUCGGUGCGUUCGGGAAGCGCCAAAGUGGCUUUCUCGGCCGUCCGGAACACCAACCACGAACCGUCCGAAAUGAGCAACCGGACCAUGGUGAUCUACUUUGAUCGGGUUCUUGUAAAUGUUGGGAGGAAUUUUGAUGAGGAAAGAAGUAAUUUCAUCGCGCCACGAAAAGGAAUUUACAGUUUUAACUUCCACGUAGUUAAAGUCUACAACCGCCAAACAAUACAGGUGAGCCUGAUGCACAACGGCUGGCCGGUGAUUUCGGCCUUCGCUGGUGACCAGGAUGUGACCCGCGAGGCGGCCAGCAAUGGGGUUCUGAUCCAAAUGGAGAAGGGAGACCGGGCUUACCUCAAACUGGAGAGAGGAAAUUUGAUGGGAGGAUGGAAAUACUCCACCUUCUCUGGCUUCCUGGUGUUCCCCAUGUAGAGGAAGAGGAGCAGGGGAUGGAAAUGGAGGAGGAGCUGGUUGUCAGUGGGAAGUACAAUGAAGACAGGAAAAGACGGAGGAAAAGGUGGCGUGAUGGAAAACGAGAAUAAUGGAGAGGAGACGUGUGACGACAGACUUCGGUUUAGGAUGCUUCUGGAGGUGGAGACGAGAAGGUGGGAGAUGUUACAUUCAAAGUGUGGCCGUCUUCUUCACUUCCCUUCAUUCUUCCAUCCAUCCAUCCAUUCCUCCCAUUGUGGCUCAAUGCAGCUGUGGACAGGCAAAUCCUUUUUUAUUCUCUGCUACUUCAUUUACAUGGAACAUGUCAGUGUUUUGAAGCCAGAGCGUAACCCCUUCCGUCUCCCACCUUCAUUUCAUUCACAGCUUUGAGGAAUGUUUCACUUCUUAACAAGUCAUUUUUUGUCAUUUUGUUGGAAAAGUUGUCCAGAUUUUGGAUCAGCCAAAGCCAAACAUGGAUAACUCUGCACGGAAGAUAUCGCCCCCCCGUUUCUUUUGUUCCUCAUUGCAUUUUUGUUCCUCUACUCGACAAGGUUUAGAUGACAUGAUUUCCUACAGUUGCAAACUUAACCUAUACCACAUGCUCUCCAAAAGGCUCCAGAACCAGCACAGUGGCAUUUGACUGCAACAGUAAUACACUUAUAAAUGCAAAGCUUACUGGGAGAUGUUCAUCAACCCAAAUGGCGGGUGCAAAUAACAACAACUGCGCUACAAAAAGCUUCAAAAUUGCAAAGAGCACGGAAAAAAGUGCCAUUUUUCUUUUCCGCCAAGGUGUUUUUAGGGCAGCUUUACCUUCACCUGACCUGUUCCUGUCCUCCUCCUCCAUCUUUCCUCCAUGAGUGGUCCAUCUCAUCUCACCCUUCCACCCGUACCUGCUGCUGUGCUCGUUGGCCUCCUGGCACGGACUAGUCCUUGCUUUACGUCAGUGUUGGACUUUGGACUUUUGAACACUCAAAAAACAACAACUAUACAUAAAUGAUAUUAUAUAGAACAUCCAAGCCACUGUUUUUACUCUAUAUGAUGACGAUGAUGCUAAAUAUUAUACCAAUACUUUAAACUGAAUCUGGCUGAUGACUAUAAUGUCUGUAUAUUCUGUAUUUCAGUGUUAUAUGAAAGAAAAAAUAUUCUAAGGGAAUCUUAUAGUGACUUUGUGUGGAAAAUUAGGCUGCUGUUCUGCUCUGAUUAAAAAAAAUAAAUAAAUAAAAAGAUGCUCAGUGUUUUUGUUUUAGUUUGAACCAAGCUGUUGCUUGGUGGUCCUCGGUUUACGACGUUCCGUGGUUACGAACACGCUGCCAUAAAUUAAUUAAAAACGUUGCUUUGGUCCGUGAACACGAGACUCACCCGGAUAACUUUGCUUAUUAGUUAACUUUUGCACUUCGUUACAUCUUCCAAGCACCGGUGCGCCAAAGAAAAGGAAAGCCGCCAUCAUUGAAGUGACGAUGAGGAGAAAUGCCCACCGAUAUCGGCCAGCCCCGUUGCUUGACUGUCGCGACCAUCAUUCAGAAUAAAGAUUAUUGAAAGCUACAGGGGUCAUGGGUUCUGUGCGCUGUUACAAGGAGAUCUUUCCAGGCUAGCCUGUAUGUUUUAAGAAGGUAGGAAGGCCUGCAAGACAACCGCAGGGGUAAAAGGAGUUGUUGCCUUUUUUUUAUUACAGUUUCAUUUCAUUCUUGUAUUUUUUUCUUUUUAUGACUGUAUUUUACAGUAUAUGUCCUUCAUGUGUUCUGUGUACAGUGUGAAUGAUUUAGGAGUUCAUGUCGGUAUAAUUUAAUAUAAUACGACUUACAGUCUCGGAACAGAGCUCCUUUGUAACCCGAGGACCACCUGUAGAUAAUAUAGUAUAUUACCAGAGCAAUUAUUAUUAGUUUUAAUUUGUUUAUUAUCUUUCCUGUAAAUGACAUGUGAAUAUUUAGACUAUUAAAAAUGUAUCUGAUUUCUUAAUGAAAUUGAUUUAUCACUGUUUUUAUUUGCUCCGAUGAAAUCAAUAAAAUUUAAAUGUACUUUUAUUUUUCUUGAACCCACUUGAAGUCUGGUGUGGUCGUUUAUUUAAUGAAGUGUUUCCUGGUACCAUCUUUUUGCUCCAUUCAUGCACACUUGUUGCCUGGUGCUUCAUGUUUUUUUGUCUCUUGACAUGUACAGUCGCUGUUUUGUCUGCGCCUGUUUUCUCAAUCACUUUUCUUUUAUCAUCUUUUUUUCCAUCAGGCUGAGCCCCCACAUGUUCCCCUCUACGUUGUCUCUCUCCACUCUGUUGGUUUUUUAAGGUUUUGUGGUUUGUUUCUCUCCAGACUAAUGAGCUCCGGGGGGAAAAUUUGUGCUGGAAUAAAAAAGCAAACAUAAACAUGGUUUCCUUCCUCCAUUCUCUCACCCUUCUUCCUCUCAUUUCAUCUCCGCCUCUUUAUGUCUUGCUUUCCCGCCACUUGUCCCUCCCGAAGACCCUUUUUUUUUUUAAACUUCUUGUCCCCAAUUUUUCUCUGUAAACAAAAAUUUCUUCAUUGCGUUGAAGUUGCUUUUCAGUUUCACCUGUCCAGCUUUUUUUUUCUUAGAGGCUACCCGAAACAGACUCCUUGCACAUGCAUGGAGUUGGGAACCUUGUGUAGUGUUCCCUCGCUCUAUCGCUUCACAUUUUGCAGUUUCGUGCGUCUCCUUCAUGCCUCCUGUAUCAUCGCUAGCUUGCUAGCGAGCUUGUAAAUUAAUCUUUAGUUGGUCUGCAGCAAUAUGUUUUAACAAGGAUACAAAAACACAACUGGACAGCAGGACGGCGGAAUGGCGACAAGACAAAAAGGCACGGUCACAGGAGUGAAAUAUGUGUCAGUGACUUAAUCAUUUCAUGUGUUGAUCAUUAAGGGUGAUCACUAAAAUGCAAACGAAGAGUGUUUAGACAAGAGCGAAAUGUGAGAAAAUGUUAUUGCCUGUCUUAGAAAAGUGCAUAAAGUGUAGCGGGUUUUACAGCCUUAAGACAUACUAUAUAAUAAUGAAGUUGGCUACUUCGCCAAUUUCACUUAUUGCGGGCUAUUUCGGGAAGCUGUAAACGAGGGAACACUAUAUGAAGUUUCAUUUCUUUAUUACCA